UAACCUGCUUCACAUCAAUGCGAGACGGGCUGGAAUCCACACGAAGUCAAUGCCGACGGAAAGCUACAAACAGGCAACGAUCUCUGCAUAUGUAUGAUGGGAUUGGGGCGGCUUUUGGAGAGCGUUUGGCAAGUGUGCGUGGUGAAUGAGGCAGGGGACGUGUGUGGACACAAUGGAGUGCUUCAACUCGAGGUCGAGGAGCUGUUGGGGGUGGAUGGAAUAACGUUCAAAUGAAGAGUGGAUGUUACAGGUACUCAAUUUCACGGGAAAAGACGCGCAAAUUCGCUGGACCGAACGGUCUGGUAGGCAACGCUCCACUUGUGAACCCCGGACAGUGGCUGAGGCACAUGGGGAGAACGGACAGGGAGAUAGAGCAGCCGUUCUCAAUGGGGAUUGUUAUGGGGAGAUUGGCCCCACAUAAUGGUUUGAUCCUGCAUUUCAAACGGUAAUAUGCAGGUAUACACAUAGGGGGGAAAAUCGAAGAAGGGGACAAGGGACCGCACCGCCGCUAAUUUGCAUAACGUCAGUAGGGGACCGCACUGAGAUUGAUUCCGCGAACGCGCCUGAAUACAAUGAGUGAGCUGUCUCUGGACGCAACAGUGCUUCUCACCAAUUACACAGGUACGUUCUUUGCUCUCUAACGGGUGACAGGAAACACCUACAAAUGGCUAACCCCUCUGCUACUCAGAACGUCUCGAUCAACAUUGGGCACUCUUUCCCCGUCCCUCAAGUGUUUCUGCCUCAGAUCAACCACGCGUUGACACAGCUGGAAACGGAACUCGGUAUGGCAAGUAUCAACGUGGAACGCGCAAAAUUGUCCGUAUCUCAAGCCGUCGACCAUCUGAACUACGUUCGAGCCCACUACCCGACCUUCGCCGCUCCGUUCUACUACCUCCGGGAACGUGAAGCACAAGAUGGCGUGAAUCGAGCUUACGAACAUUUGGUGCAGGCUAGGGCAGUGGAGAGAGGCGUUGAGCGGCGGAUCAGAGCUUUGAGAGGUGGGCCGUCGAUGAGCCAUGGUUCUUACGGUUACGGUUACGGAUACGCUGCUAAUCACCCUGGCCCCAACUAUCCGCCUCCUCCUCCCACUUGGCCUCCUUCCCAUUCGACAUAUCCCCCUCCUUCCCAGCACGACAACUCUCAGAACGCUCUCGGCGGGAACACGAUCCACAUCGAGCAACACCAAAACGCAAACGACUUCGACUGCAUGGCCGAGAUGAAGAAAUGGUU